GUUAGCAGACCACAGGAGGAGCACCAUCGCCCGCCCGACGUUCGCACAAGCAUAGAGAGAGGAGGAGCGCCGUCGUCGACCGCGGUGAUUCGGACAAGCGGAGAGAGGAGCGCCGUCGUCCGCCGUCCGCCGAGGCUCGCACAAGCAUAGAGAGAGGAGCGUCUCUCCGCCGUCGUGAUUACUCGCGAAGCCUGUCAUCAUGGGAGACAGCCAGUACUCUUUUUCGUUGACGACAUUCAGCCCAUCAGGGCAGCUUGUGCAGAUUGAACACGCGCUGAACGCGGUUGCUGCGGGCGCCACGUCAUUGGGAAUCAAAGCGUCCAAUGGCGUGGUGAUUGCCACGGAGAAGAAGCUGCCGUCGAUCCUCGUCGACGAGCAAUCGGUGCGAAAAAUCUCCGUGCUUUCGAAGAACAUCGGCGUUGUCUAUAGUGGUAUGGGACCAGAUUCGAGAGUGCUAGUCAGCAAGAGCAGGAAGCAGGCGCAGCAGUAUUUCCGCCUCUACGAGGAGCCUAUACCGAUAGCGCAGUUGGUGAGGGAGAUUGCAGCGGUGAUGCAGGAGUUCACACAGUCAGGAGGAGUGCGUCCGUUCGGGGUUUCGCUCUUGGUGGCUGGAUACGAUUCCUCAGGGCCUCAGCUGUACCAGGUGGACCCGUCUGGGUCGUACUUCGCAUGGAAGGCUUCGGCAAUAGGCAAGAACACGGCAAACGCGAAAACGUUUUUGGAAAAGAGGUACACAGAGGACAUGGAGUUGGAGGACGCAGUGCACACCGCGAUCCUGACUCUCAAGGAGGGGUUCGAGGGACAAAUAUCUGGUAGCAACAUCGAGAUUGGAAUUGUGGGGGCAGACCAUCAGUUCAGAGUUCUGACACCUGCAGAGGUGGAUGAUUACCUGGCAGAAGUUGAGUAGGGAACGGAGAGGAGAUAGAUGCAGAGAGGACGUGGAACUGGAAGAUGCUGUCCGCACUGCGCUCCUGACUCUCAACGAAGAGCGUCUAAGUACCCUGCCACGUGCAGAGUUAGGCGCGUACCUGGCAAAAGUCCAGAGGAGAGAGAGAGAGAGAGAGAGAGAGAGAGAGAGAGAGAGAGAGAGAGAGAGAGAGAGAGAGAGAGAGAGAGAGAGANGAGAGAGAGAGAGAGAGAGAGAGAGAGCUGGAAGAUGCUGUUGCGAUUCGGACUCCGAAAACCUGACACCUGCACACACACACACACACACACACACACACACAGAGAGAGAGAGAGAGAGAGAGAGAGAGAGAGAGAGAGAGAGAGGACACAGAGAUGGAAGAUGCUGUCUGCGCUGCGAUUGUGACUCUCAACGAAAAUGCGUCUGAAGACCCUGACACCUGCAGAGAGGUGGAACUUACCUGGCACGUGGCCAUGGCACAAGAUGCCGCUUCAGUUGAAGGUUGAGUAGGGAAUGAAGAAGAGAGAGACGCCAAGGACACGUGGCAUUGAAGAUGUUACCGAACGUCCGAUCGUGCAAUUCUAUCUCUGGACGAAGGGUUUGAAGGGCAAUGACAUCGUGUGUCGAAUUGUGGGGGCAGAUUAGCAAUUUGCAGUUCUGACGCUUGGACAGUUGGAUGUUGAUCAACUGAUAUUGAGUGUCGAAUUGUGGGGGCAGAUCAGCAAUUUGGAGCUCUGAUGCUUUGCACAGCUGGAUGAUGAUUAACUGGCAGAAGGUAAGCAGGGACUGCUGUGCUCGAAGUGUGGGGGCAGAUCAGCAAUUUCGAGUGCUAUGCGAUUGCUAUUCAGAGAGUGGUGAGAGCAGAGCUGCAGAGGUGGAUGCUAAUUAAGUGACCGAAGCUGAGUAAGGAUAGAUUGCAGUGCUGGGGUAUGGGGGUGUGGAAGGAACAUGGGGGUCUGGGGCAUGGGGGUCUGGGGCAUGGGGGUUCAGAGGGUUCUCUGACACCUGCAGAGGUGGAUGAUGAUCAACUGGUCGAACGUGAGUGAGGAGGGGCUGCAGUGCUACGUGAUGGCCUUCCUGCCGUUGUUGAUUAUUAAAAAUUAGUUGAAGGCUCACAGGGUUCUGUUUCAUGUUGCUUGGGGAAUUAGGAGAUGACAGCGGUGUUACUCUUUUCCUUCACACGACAAGUUUUUGUCGAUCUGAGACGUACACAACCACGGAUAUCUGCUUGACCUUUUUCAGUUUUUCCCUUCAUUCGAUGCCAUUAGCAGAAAGAACAGAAAAAAACUGUAAGAGUGUAGACUUCACCUCUCUAUCCCUUCCAUGCAGGGCUUGCAGUUGCCUUCUCCUCUCUCUCUCUCUCUCUCUCUCUCUCUCUCUCUCUCUCCUUGUUGUGCUGCGGCUGAUGUUGUGGCUCUUUCUCCUGCUCUUCCUCCUCUGCCUUCUCCUGCCUUUUUUAUAUUUUAACGGGGGCCUCCUGCUGAUGUUGUGGCGCUUUCUCAUGCUCCUUCUCGUCUGCCUUCUCCUGCCAUUUUUAUAUUUUAACGGGGGCUAGACCUUGUGUAAUCAGGACUUGAACUUGUGAUCAGUGUCUAUCAAUAAUUAGACUUGUCUACUAUUCGCUCACAAGGUAGG